GUGAUAUCGUGAGCAUAUCAAGUUCAGAAAGCAGAAACGAAGUUUAUAAACUUAUACCAGCGUAGUGCACUCUGGGCUAGCAGGAUGGCAAUGACUCUCAGCGCUAUCCCUGAAAUAUCGUUAUUCAACGAGGAACCCGUGAUUACGGACUUGGAUUCCUCUUCCCAAGAACCCGUGUUUCUAGUACCAGAUACCCCAAUGGACCCUGAAGAGUGGCAACAGACUCGUGCUGAGCUUGACAGGUAUUUGUGGAAGAGGGAACCAGCCACACCAACAGCACCUACGACAACAUUUUUCAAUAAUAACAAAAAGAUUAGAAGAGAAAGUUCAUCAGUUGUGGAUGAUUUUUUUGAAGAUCAACAACCCAAGGCACAAGUAAAUGUCAGCCUCAACUUUAAUCUAGUAAUACCAGGAAAUUCCCUUUAUAAACAAAGUCAAAACGUGGACAAUAAUGCCAAUAACGUGGACAGUAAAGAUCCUAAACUCAGUCAGCUUUAUUGGAAUAAUCACAGUACCAAUAACACAGUUAAUUCAAAUUCAACACCAGUGACAUUAUCAAAUUUGCAAAAAGUUGUUGUAAAGAGCGAGCCUUUGGAUUAUCCUUCCCCUUCCUGUCACAUGACGACGUCGACCGCAGGUGUUGUCAUCAAGAAGGAACCCCAACCUGUUAGCAGUUGUCAGUACACAACGCUUCAAAACUUUCAAACAUCAUCAAACUACACAUACGUAACCUCGGUACAGCCGUAUUUGAAUUCGCUGAACGCUUGUAUGCCGCCAACACCGCCAAACUCGCAGCCAGGAUCACCGGGUGAACAAAUGGUUGGGAAUUAUGAGGCUCAGUUCCGACCACCGCCACCUUAUCCCAUGUUCGUUGCACAAGGUGGAAAUACUGUGCCAUGCUCAUCCCAGAACACAGUAAGGUACAACCGAAAAAACAAUCCAGAAUUGGAAAAACGACGAAUACACUUCUGCGAUUAUCCCGGUUGUAUUAAAGUCUACACGAAAAGCUCUCAUCUAAAGGCACACCAGAGAAUACACACGGGUGAGAAACCAUACAAAUGUUCAUGGAAUGGUUGUCAGUGGCGGUUUGCAAGAUCCGAUGAGCUGACCAGGCACUUUCGCAAGCAUACAGGUGCCAAACCUUUCAAGUGUAAGGUCUGCGAGAGGUGUUUUUCCCGCUCGGACCAUUUGUCGCUACACAUGAGACGCCAUCAAGACAAGUAAACCAAACUUGCGGCAGCUAUAAGACAAUCCAUAAUACCCCAUAAUAACAAAUUGGACUAAACCAUUUUGUGGAUCAAGGGGUGCAAAGCAUGUGACUAUAAAACUUAUUGACCAUUGCAAAAUCUCCUUCACAAGAGAUGCAAUGCAAACGACAUAUCAAAAACUUCAAUAUCUUUGACUAAUAUUUUUUCCAUAUCAAGUCUAUUCUUUGAGAUAUUUUGAUGUCUAUCCUUUCGCUCUGACACACUCAAAGUCUGCGAUUUAUGAAAAAAGUGUUCAUGACAAAAACAAAUUUAUGACUGUUGAGUUGUUUACAAACUGCGAGUGAGGAAAAUGUUCUCUACUGAACAUUUUUAUCCUACAUUUUGCCGCUUCAAAAAAAUGCCAAAUUUAGGUGCAAUGCUUGUGUAUAACUUUGACAGUACUUAAAUUGUAUAUUAAUUAAAAAAAAAAAAAGAAUAAAUAAAAAAAUUUAAGUUUUCUUUACCUAAAAGUAAAUUUGAGCAUUUUUUAAUGUUGGUUAUAGCAUAAAUGCACAUAUUUUCAUAUUUAGUUGUUUUUUAUCUGAAUGCUCUCUUCAAUAUUGCAAGCUUUACAUAAGCAAGAUGACAAAUAGCCGAAAGACAGGCUAAAGCACACGUAUAUAAUUUUGCUGGUGCCAGCUAUUUCAACCAAUUAUGCUUUUGUAUAGUGUUUCACAUAAGCACAAUAUUAAAGACCAAACACAAUCAAUUUAUGACUCAAAUUUUUACAACUUCUAGGACACAGUUAGGUUUUAUAAACAGUCCUAGUUAUGCAAUGAAUUAAAUUGUAAACUCAUGUAUUUAUUUUUAAGACUUUUUUCAUGUAACUGUUUUGUCUGUCUUUUUUUGGAAGUCAAUGUACUUAUAAAGUACAUUUUAUUUGAAUUGUUCAUGAAAAAGUUAUAUAUAUGUAUAUCGUAUAGACUGCAAGAUAUUUGGGGAAGAGUCUGUUCUUUUUUUGCAGACAUUCAAUCAUUGUCGAGGACACCUCUGCCAUUUUUUCACUUAAAUAUUUUUCUUAAAGAGAUAUUUUCCUACAAGAUUUUUGUAAUUAUCAAAACUGCAGUUGAUUUGCUGCACAAGAGAAAUUGUACUAAUUAUCAUAUUUUCAUUUAAAAUAAAGAAUGGAAAUAAUUUU